CGCGGUCAGACCGGGAACCUGCACUGAAGCCGCGGGCAUUGACUCCCUGCGAGAUGGACGGGACAGAAGGCAAUGCUGGGCAACCGGGCCCCGCUGAGCGGUCCCAUCGAAGCAGCGUGUCCUCCGUGGGAACCCGAGCAGCUGAUGUGCUGGUGUACCUGGCGGAUGACACAGUGGUGCCCCUGGCCGUGGAGAACCUGCCGUCGCUCAGUGCCCACGAGCUGCACCGGGCUGUCCGUGAGGUCCUGCAGCUCCCGGACAUCGCCCUGGAUGCCUUCGCACUCUGGCUUGUGUCCCCUCUGCUGGAGGUGCAGCUGAAGCCCAAGCACCAGCCCUACAAGCUGGGCCGCCAGUGGCCCGAACUGCUGCUGCGCUUCACGGACGCCCCCGCUGACCACGUGGCCAUGGAUGAGCCUUCCCUGCAGUUCCGAAGGAACGUGUUUUUCCCAAAGCGGCGGGAGCUCCAGAUCCACGAUGAGGAGGUCCUGCGGCUGCUCUACGAGGAGGCCAAAGGCAACGUGCUGGCCGCUCGGUACCCGUGUGACGUGGAGGACUGUGAGGCCCUGGGCGCCCUGGUGUGCCGCGUGCAGCUCGGGCCCUACCAGCCGGGCCAGCCCACUGCCUGCACCCUGAGGGAGAAGCUGGACUCCUUCCUCCCCGCCCACCUCUGCAAGCGGGGCCACGGGCUCUUUGCUGCCCUCCGGGGCCGAGGGGCCAAGGCGGGGACAGGCGAGCAGGGCCUGCUGAAUGCCUACGGCCAAGUGAAGGAAGCGGUCGGCAGCGACAGUGAGCACGGGGCCUCCCUGAGCCCCCACUACCGCGCCUACCUCCUCAAGAGCCACGAGCUGCCCUUUUACGGGUGCGCCUUCUUCCAUGGCGAGGUUGACAAGCCAGCCCAGGGCUUUUUGCACCGGGGCGGGCGGAAGCCAGUGGCUGUGGCCAUCAGUCUGGAGGGCGUGCACGUCAUUGACAGCAGGGAGAAGCACGUUCUGCUGGGCCUGCGCUUCCAGGAGCUGUCGUGGGACCACACCUCCCCCGAGGAGGAGGAGUCUGUCCUGUGGCUCGAGUUCGAUGGGGACAACGAGGGCACACCGGUCAACAAGCUCCUCAAGAUCUACUCCAAGCAGGCCGAGCUGAUGAGCAGCCUCAUCGAGUACUGCAUUGAGCUGAACCAGACGUCAGAGCCCGCCGCCCCCCAGGAGAACGUGUCCGGCCCCACCGCCGCCGCUGGCUCCCCACCGCCCCCUGCUCAGCGCCCACCGCUGCGGAGGCAGGGCAGCGUGGUGUGCAGCCGCCUCCAGCAUCUCUCCACCAUCGACUACGUGGAGGAAGGUCAGCAGAUCAAGCGGGUGAAGCCGAAGCGCACCACAUCCUUCUUCAGCCGGCAGCUGUCCACGGUCCAGGGGAGCUACACCGCGGGGCAGCCCACCGACAGCCUGGAGCAGGGCUGAGGGCACAGGGGGAGGCUCCCCCUGGUCCUGGCCCAGCAUUCUUCUCC